AUGGCGAGCCCAGCGAGGAAAAAUCGAUGCAAUGCGUCGGGAGAUUCUAGAGAUGAAAGGCUCCCUCAAGCCCGUGUCCAAGGGUUGGAGGAAGAUCUCAACCUCUCGGGCUAUCAAUAUAACAUCGUCCUCAGCGUCACAUUCAUCGGGUACAUUCUGAUGCAAGUGCCCAGUAACAUGCUACUUUCUUUGACCCGUCCCAGCAUCCAUCUCUCGGUCUGCAUGGUCGCUUGGGGAAUAGCCAGUGGAGCUACGGGGCGGUGCAGAACUUCUCAGGCCCCCUUCUUCGCCGGUUGUGCAUUCCUCUUCAGUGGCUGGUACACCCGCAAAGAGAUCGGGUUCCGUCUGGCCAUCUUCUACUGCGCCGCCAUGCUAGCAGGCGCCUUUGGCGGCCUCUUCGCCGCCGGCAUCGAAGCAGGCUUCAAGAAUCACACUCUCCGCUCAUGGCGCUGGCUCUUCAUCAUCGAGGGCGCGGCUACUGUCCUCUUCGCCAUCCUAACAGGCUUCAUCAUCCCCGACUGGCCCGCAACCACGAAAUGGCUGUCCCCCGAAGAACGCGCCCUGGACAUAAUCCGCAUAACGGAAGACGCCGGCACAGAAGACGAGGGCUUCUCAACCUGGGACGCCACCAAACUCGCGGUUUCCAACCACCGCAUCUGGGUGUGCAUCGUCAGCCAAGUCUGCCUACAGGCUGUCGCAUCAUUAACAAACUUCCUCCCGACCCUCGUGCAGAACUUCGGCUUCGGCACUAUUGAAACCCUGCUCCUCACCGCACCCCCUUAUGUCCUCGCAGCUCUUGUCUGCCUAACAAACUCCUAUCUCUCCGACCGCUAUUCCACGCGAUCCCCCUCAAUCCUCAUCCCCAACGCCAUCGCAGUGACGGGAAUAAUCAUCACCGUCGCAACAACCAUCAGCGCCGCCCGCUACGUCGCCAUCUUCAUGAUGCUCCCCGGGACAUACGGGUGCAUGAUGAUUUCGAACGCAGGGAUGGCGAAUAUUGCCGCGAGGCCGCAAAAGGUGCGUGCUAUCGGGCUAGCCAUGAAUAACUCGCUUGGUAAGUCAGCACUGGUUUGGACGCCGUAUCUUUAUCCCGAGAACGCGGGGCCGCGGUAUGUUGUUGCUUGGUCGGUCAAUCUAGCGCUUAUGGCGGUUUGCAUGACGAGUACGGGGCUCUUGAGGGUUUUGUUGGCGAGGGAGAAUAGGCGGUUGAAGUCUGUGGAGGAGAGUCUCGUGGAUGAUGGGGGUGAGGAUGGGAUUAAGGCGAAGGAUCAUGUUUAUCAUAUUGCGAGGGCUACUGCUGGGAGUGAUGGGGAGGGUGGUGUUAGGGCUCGGUAUCAAAUUUGA